UUGAGGUUCUGUCAACAUACUCCUUCUGCGUGUGAGCGACUAACGGCGACAACUCGUUACCAUCACCAACCUUAAACAUGACUCUCCGUCUUCUGCUGCUGAUGGUGGCUGUCGGUCUUUGUUCAGCCCAGUGUCCGACCGGGUGUUCCUGCACCACCACCUCCGUCACCUGCAACGGCCUCACCUCCAUUCCCACACUCGCCUUCCCCGACGUCACCUCCGUCCGCUUCAACAACAUCAACAGCAACAUACCCUCGAACGCCUUCAGAUCGAUGCCCAAGUUGGAGUCCAUCACUAUCUCCAAUGGCAAUAUCAGUUCCAUUGCGCCAUGUGCCUUCAGCGCCAUUCCCGCAAAGUCUAUUACCAUCUCCAGAGUCCGCAUCGGCAUCAUAGCAUCAGGAGCCUUCAGAGACUUGAACAAUGUUGCCAGAAGGAUUUCAAUCAAUAAUGGACAUAUUGGCUUGAUCUCAUCCAACGCUUUCUACCGACUGUCAAACAUUAUGUCCAUAUACAUUCAACGUAACAACAUCUCCACCAUCCAAACAGACGCCUUCAACAAGAUAACUAACAGUAGGGCCUUUUACUUCUACUACAACAACGUCACCAACCUCAAUGGCUACGCUUUCGCCUCCCUGGAGACGACCUCCUUCUCCUCCACCUCCUACUUUUACAGAGGAUCCAUCAUGAACGUGGGAUGCAAGGCGCUGGACGGUCUGAAGUCUGUAGCGUAUGUCACCCUCAGAUGUGACUGUGACAUGGUUCCUCUCAUCGAAGGUAUGACCCCUCUCGGCUACGUCGAUUGCUUUCACCAGUCACAACUGUAUGACGUCAUUUCCGGCAGCGGCAACAGCUGCACUAGACCAUUCAUUCCAGAGCCAAACUCCUGUUAAUGAAAAGGCAGAUAUGUCUAUGAAAUAAAAGACUGAUGUAUGUGUUUUAA